AUGGCCGUUGUUUCAAAAAGUGGAUUAUCUGGUAAUGGCUGGUUGCAAUCGAUAUAUAGGAUUCGAUCUACUUGGGUUCCAUCCUAUAUGAAUCAUGUUUUUUCUGCAAAUUGCUCAACUAGUCAAAGAGCUGAGAGUGGACAUUCAUUUCUAAAGAAAUAUGUUUCCAAGAACAACUCCUUCCUCGAGUUUAUGGUUAAAUAUAAUAGGGCAUUGGUACGCCAACGCCAUUCGAAGUUGAAGGCAGAUCAUAUUGAUUUGAACGAGAGGCCAAAACUCAAAUGCCCUAUUAAGAUGGAUGCGCAAAUGGCCAAUAUUUAUACACGUAGCUCUUACCUUGAUUUUCAAGAGCAGUUGUGGGAAAGUUACAGCUAUAAUAUUGAGCUUACAAGCGAAAAUGAUUCUUGCAGCAUGUUUAAAGUUUUGCCCAUUGAUGACGAAAAUGGUAGAGUUCGUGAAAUUUUGUAUGAAAAAUCCAAGGAUUUUGCAUCAUGUACGGUUUCUAAUGUGGAGAUAUCUGUCAACAAAUCCGUAUUUGAAAGGCGUGGAAAAUUAUUCCAACAAUAUUCGCAUUUGAUUGAUAAAGUCAUUCUAAAUGAUGAGGCAAGUAAACUCUUUUGUGAGGCGAUGUAUGCUAUGAAUGAGAAAAUUAAGUCAUUGGUUGGUGGUACCAAUGAAAAUGUGGAACUUUCUGCAACCAAAGGAGAUAUGGAAUGUCGUGCAAAAAGAAAAUCGAUAGUAGAUGAUGUUGGUUUUCUUGAACCUGAUCCUGUUAAGACCAAAGGAUCUGGAAAAAGACUUAAAAAGGGAAAAGAGAAAGGAAAAUGCAAGAAGAGGGUUAAUGGUAACCUUUGUCAUGGGUGUGGGCAAUAUGGAGUUAAUCAUGACAAAAGAAAUUGUUCGGAGCUCCACAAUCGGAUGAGCAGCACUCAUUGUCUAUAA